CAAUGGUUAGGUUAGGAACAAGCCGGUGACUGCAAAGGAAAACGCAAGAAGUCUGUGGUACCUUAAAUAACUGUGAACAAGGAUAUGAGCCCAGCCACACUGAAGCUGGUUUUCAGUUUUACAUGAUAGAGAUAUAAUUGCCGAAGAGUACACCAGGGUCCGGGAAUUGAUUAAUCCAAUUGCUGAGAAACGUGCAAAGCCAGGAAGAACCGGAGUUCUGUAGCCAGCCACAACCAAAAUAACCUGGGUCUUUAAGGUCACAAUGAGGAAGCUGACAAUAUGGACAUUGUUUUGCCUUGCACUUGCACUCUUGCCUUCUCAAACAGACUCUGUAGCUGUGAUGUCUGUAGACCUGGGGAGUGAGUGGGUGAAGAUAGCUAUAGUCAAACCUGGUGUGCCCAUGGAGAUUGUCCUUAACAAGGAGUCGAGGAGGAAAACGCCGGUAGCCGUGUGCCUGAAGGACAACGAGCGUCUCUUUGGAGACAGCGCCCUCGGAGUAUCUGUGAAGAACCCAAAGGUGGUGUACCGAUACAUUCAGAGUCUUCUGGGGAAGCGUGAGGACAACCCCCAGGUGUCACUGUACAAGCAGCACUUCCCUGAGCACCAGAUAGAGAAGGAUGAGGAGAGGGGCACUGCCAUCUUCAAGCUCUCUGAAGAGUUGGUGUACUCACCGGAGGAAAUCCUUGGCAUGGUGUUGAAUGACUCUCGCUCUCUUGCUCAGGAUUUUGCAGAGCAACCCAUUAAAGAUGCAGUUAUCACCGUUCCAGCCUUUUUCAAUCAGGCAGAGAGAAGGGCAGUUCUGCAGGCUGCCCGGAUGGCAGGCCUGAAGGUCCUUCAGCUCAUCAAUGACAACACAGCUGUAGCUUUGAAUUAUGGUGUGUUCAGGAGGAAGGACAUUAACUCAACUGCACAGAAUAUGAUGUUCUAUGACAUGGGCUCUGGAAGCACGACGGCCACUAUCGUCACGUAUCAAACUGUGAAGACUAAAGAGUCUGGAACACAGCCCCAGCUCCAGAUCAGAGGAGUAGGGUUUGACCGGACGCUGGGAGGAUUUGAAAUGGAGCUUCGUCUGCGAGAGCACUUGGCCAAGCUGUUUAAUGAGCAGAAGAAGUCCAAAAAAGAUGUGCGGGAGAACAUGCGGGCCAUGGCUAAGCUCCUCAAGGAGGCCCAGAGGCUAAAGACUGUGCUCAGUGCCAACGCCGAAUUCAUGGCUCAGGUGGAGGGUCUGAUGGAUGACAUUGACUUCAAGGCGAAGGUGACUCGUACUGAGUUUGAGGAGCUGUGUAAGGAUCUGUUUGACAGAGUGCUAGGACCCGUCCAGGAUGCCCUCAGCUCAGCUGAAAUGUCUCUUGAUGAAAUCGAGCAGGUCAUUCUUGUGGGAGGAUCAACUCGGGUACCCAAGGUCCAGGAGGUCCUGAUGAAGGCUGUGCGCAAAGAGGAGCUGGGGAAGAACAUCAACGCUGACGAGGCUGCUGCCAUGGGAGCCGUCUACCAGGCAGCGGCCCUCAGCAAAGCCUUCAAGGUUAAGCCUUUCAUCGUGCGAGACGCUGCCGUUUUUCCUAUUCAGGUGGAGUUUAGCAGGGAGACUGAGGAAGAGGAUGGAACGAAGAGCGUAAAACACAACAAGCGCAUCCUGUUCCAGCGCAUGGCACCCUACCCCCAGAGAAAGGUCAUCACCUUCAACCGCUACGCGGACGACUUUGUCUUCAACAUCAACUACGGUGACCUCAGUUUCCUCAGUGAACAGGACCUGAGUGUGUUUGGCUCUCUGAACCUGACCACAGUCAAGCUGAAUGGAGUGGGAGACAGCUUCAAGAAGCACAGCGACGCCGAGUCCAAGGGCAUCAAGGCACACUUCAACAUGGACGAAAGCGGCGUGCUGGUGCUGGACAGGGUGGAGUCUGUGUUUGAGACUAUUGUGGAUGAGAAAGAAGAGGAAUCCACACUGACAAAACUUGGUAAUACAAUCCAAAGUCUGUUUGGAGGCGGAAGCUCAGAACCUAGUCAAAAUGUGACUGAACCAGUCCAUGAUGAAGAGGAGGUUCCUCCUGAGGCGGGUAAAGAACCCGAGGAACAGGACCAGGUGGAACCGGCCGCAGAAGAGAAGCAGGAAACCGGAGAGCAAACAGCUGAGGAGCCCCAGGCUGAGGAGCAGGGCAACAAAGACGGGGCUGACACCGCCUCAGAGGCAGAAAAGACUGAGGAGUCUGCUGAGAAGUCUGAGAAGGCCCCUGAGGGAGACAAGGCUGAAUCUAAAGAGCCUGAUGAGGACAAGAAGGCCAAACCGCAGAAGAAGAGCAAGAUCUCUGUUGACAUCGGAGCAGAUCUCGAGGUGAACGAUGUGCUGGACCCAAGCGUAGAGGCCAUUGAGUCUUCCAAGAAGAAGUUGCAGGAUCUGACUGAUCGGGACCUGGAGAAACAGGAGAGGGAGAAGUCUCUGAACAGCCUGGAGGCCUUCAUCUUUGAGACCCAGGACAAGUUGUACCAGGAUGAGUACCAGGCUGUGGUGGGCGAGGAGGAGAAGGAGCAGCUCUCGUCUAAGCUGAGCGAGGCCUCCAGCUGGAUGGACGAGGACGGCUACUCUGCUAGCACCAAGGAGCUGAAGGAGAAGCUGUCGGAGCUGAAGAAGGUGUCCAAGGGCAUGUUCUUCAGGGUGGACGAGCGCAGGAAGUGGCCCGACCGCCUGGCCGCCCUGGACAGCCGGCUUAACCAGUCCACCUUCUUCCUCAGAGGUCUUAAACUGAUCCCCGAAUCUGACCAAAUCUUUACUGAAGUGGAGCUGAAGACUCUGGAGAAAGUGAUAAAUGAGACCACUACUUGGAAGAAUGAGACGGUGGCAGAACAGGAGAAACGGUCGCCCUCAGAGAAACCUGUGCUGCUGUCCAAAGACAUUGACGCCAAGAUCUCCCUGCUGGACCGGGAGGUCAAUUAUCUAAUCAAUAAGAUGAAGUUCACCAAGCCCAAGCCCAAGCCCAAACCCAAGGAGAAGAACAGCACCAGCUCCGAGAGCAGCAAAGCCAACAGCAGCUCAACCAACACAGACGAUAAGCCAGAAGCUGGAGAAGAGGUUAAGCCAGCUGAAGAGCCACCUGCAGCAGAUAAAGAAGAUACGGCAGCAGAAAGCGAAGCACAAACACCAGAAGAAACGACAACAACCGAUCAACCAGAAGACAGCAAUUCAAAUCAUAAAACAGAUGAGUUAUAACAACUGGAACUAAAGUAUCUCCUUGUAUUUAUUGACUGUGUAAUGGUUCAGGUUUUCUUUGUCAGCCCGUCAACUUCUUUUUUUUUUUUUUUUUUUUUUUUUUUUUUGCGUUGAGCAGAAGGUUGGUUUAGAUUGGACACUGUUUGAGGUGUACAUUUUUCAGCGCCAUCUGAGAUGGCAGUCAACACGGCAGGAGUGGACCUGGCCCUGUGGUGGCCUGAACCAGCCUCCCCUCUGAGCCACGUCAAGGCCAGGUCUGGGCCACAUCCGCCUCCUCUGACUUAACCUGCCGUCUGGGGUCCCCAAUUCCUUUUUCACAGUUUGUGAACAGCAGGAGACCCCUACUCCAACCCCACACCCUCGCCCAUCUUCACCCCACUGCACCCCCUCUGCUGUCCCCAAAACAACUCAGAAUGUUCAGCACACAAGAACAGUUCCAGAACUGGACAGAAAAAGAAUGUGGAGCCCUUGCUUGUAACGAGAGGUAGUCAUGGUUUCAGUCUAUAAAAAAAUGGUUCCAUUGAACAAUUGUUCACUUUCCUUUGGUUCCUCAUUAGCAAUCUGCAUUGACAUGAAUGCUGUGCAUGCUGAGUAUGUAAGAUCCUAACAUAUCAGUCCAUUUUAUAAGCUGGAACUACAAGCAAGGUUAUAAAAUGAAUUUGGACACAGGCCACUGAGUGUUUAUAAGUUGGAUCUUAAGUGUACAGUGGGGUUGUGUUUUUUUUUUUUUUUUUUUUUUUUUUUUUUUUA